AUGAAUUAUUUCAAGUCAAUUUUCUAAAAAAAAAAAAGUCAAAACGUAAUCCAUUAAAGUCUUUCUGAAAAGUCUACAAUAUAUGAUUAAAAUUCCUAAACAGUCCAUCUAGAUGAUAUUAAGGCAAUAAUUAAAUGUUAAUAAAAAAGAAAAGAACUAUUUUUUAGACCAACUAAAACACUUUUAGAAUAAUUAAAAGUGUUAUAUACUUUACAUAUGAUGAUUAUAUCUGAAUAAAUAAAUGAUGAAAAUGAAUUAGUUGAAUGUUUUUCAUAAGGAAAGGUAAUAUGUUAAUUCAAUAAAAGAUUGUUUGCUAAUAAAAUAAUAAUUAAAGAUGUAUCUAGACUUCUUUUAUCAACAACACAAUUGGAGGAUAAUCAAAUCUUAAUUCAAAUGAUGUUUAAAUGAAUUUUUCUGAAGUAUCAAAAUAUCAAAAUCUUAUAAAAGUAUCCUAUUAGAUUUAAUACUGUGGAAAUCGAAUUUGCUCAAUAAUAUUAUUCAUAUUUAUAAAGAGUAGCUAAUAAUUUGGAUAUCUAUUAUUCAUCUUAAAAAAUGUAAUAUCCAUACAUAGAAGAAUCAUAGAGUAGGAAGAUAAAAUUUUUAUGGCUUUUCAAAUUAAUGAAUAUGAUUAACUUUAAAUUAUCCAUGAUUCCCAUGAUUUAAAAGAUAAUAUUUUAAGAAACAGAUUUCACUGUAAAUAAUUUAAUUAUAAAUAGUAAAUAACAAAAGAGAUUACUAUUUUAGUUUAUAAAGAUUGUAUAUAUGAAUAUUUAUUUAUAAAAAAGGAGAUUGAAGAAUAAUUGGAAUAGUAUUAACAACAUAAUGUUAAAGAUAGUAAUUAAAAUUAAUUAAUUAUUAGCAAUUAGUUUAUAUGAAUUAUAUAUUCAAACAAAAUAAAUCACAAAUUCUCUAAAAUUAUUCCAUAACAUAAGAAAUCACUUUCUAAAAUAUGAAAGGAUUGAAAAGUUCAGUUGGCUUUAAGUAGAGAAGCAAUAAGAAAAAGAUAUUGAAUUAUAUGUUUAAAGAAUUAAAUUAAUAAAUUCCACUUAGUUUAAAAACACUUUAAAAGUUCCCUCUUAAAAAGAUAUUUAUGAUGAUUUAUAAUAAAAAAUGACAUAACCAAAACAAAAAAAAGUAAUUUACUAAUAUAAAAAGGAAUAACGUAUUCUUGAUAAUCUGUCUCCUAAGAUAGAAAAUAAGAAAUAAUAAUCAAAGUAGAAUAGUCAUAGAAUAAUAUUAUAAUCCUGA